AAAAUAUGACAAAAAUUUGUCAUGGUGAAAUCACGAGUUUUAGGGUGGUUUUAGACUUUAAUAGUACACUUGUACAUGUUUCGAAAUGGCUGUCACUGUGUUAUUAUUAAUUUCCUACGUUCUUGCCACAAUUUUGAUCAGUUGUUUUGGCUGUUUUCUAUGUUUUAUGGCAUAUAUAUAUCACUUGCAUAAAACCACUGAACAUAUUCCUAGUCCACCUCGCUCGAGUUUCAUCUUGGGACACCUCCCUGAUGUCUGGAAAUACAAAGCUGCGACUGGACGAACCACGGGCGAAUAUCUGUUGGAAAAACGGUUUGAAUACGGUCCAAUUUUUAUCCUGUACUUCGUACAUAGAGCUCUAGUUUUUCUAGGGGAUUCGAGCUUUUUGAGACACGUUUUUAUAAAUAAUCACAAGAGCCUGGGUAAGGAUGGUUUUGUCUACCAUAAAGUUGGUUUUGUUUAUGGUGAGAGAGGGGCAGGCUAUGGAAUUGUGAGCAACACGGACGAAGUGUCAUGGCACAAGCGACGGCAAGUCAUGAACCCUGCAUUUCAUCGAAAAUGCCUACGAGAUUUUGUGAGUAAUUUUAACAAUGUCUGUGAUAGAUUUUUAGCCCACAUGGAUACAGUUGUUGAUAGCGGUAAGCCGACCAGUAUGGUUUUAGAGUUUGGGAAAGUCACUUUGGAAGCUAUCAGUCAAGUAUCGUUUAAUAUAAAUACCCAUGCUAUCGAGCACCCAGAUUCCCCAUUUCCCAACGCAAUACGACACUACCUCAGGGGGGUGCAGGACAAUAUUGAGAUUCCAGUGAGCACAACCCUCCUAACAGUAUUCCAGUUUAAAGUGUUUCAGAAUGCCACCAAAAAAGAGCAAAUCAAUGCUAUACGGUUUCUACGAAAAUUUGCUCACAAUUGCAUCAUUAAUCGGAUGAAGGACAUUGCUGAUGACAAAACUGUUCCUGAUGACUUAUUGAGUCUUUUGAUUAAAGAUGGCAGCUUGUCAAUUGAUGAAAUAAGUGAUGAAUUUGUAACUAUUUUUGUCGCCGGUCAAGAAACCACUGCAAAUUCAUUAUCAUUUGCCUUAUAUGAAAUCAUUAGCAAUCCACAUAUUGAGGCAAAGCUUCUUAAUGAGGUUAACAACGUGCUUGGUGAGCGUGAUUAUGUCGAGUUUGAUGAUUUGGCAAAACUAAAGUACCUCGGUCAAGUUUUAGAGGAAGGUUCAAGGUUGCAUCCUGUUGUGUCUGCGCCGUCGAGAUUGGUGGCGAAAGGUCUUACCGUUGGAGGUUAUUAUAUCCCCAAAGGAAUUGGUCUCAACAGUCUUCAGCUAUUCUUUGGGAUGAACCCAGAAAUUUGGAAGAAUCCUAAAGUGUUUGACCCAGAGCGGUUUACUAAUGUUGAGAACAUACCAGACUUUCGCAUGACGCAUUUUCCAUUUUCCAUUGGCCCUCACAAUUGUAUCGGACAGACUUUUGCAAAAUUUGAAUCGAAAGUUAUCCUGGCAAAGCUGCUGCGAAAGUUUCAGUUCAAGUUAUUGCCUGGUCAGACUGACAGGAGAGAAGCAAGGCUUACUAUAACACCUCGGGAUGGUGUAAUGUGUGAUGUCGCAAGACGUGAAUGAUUAAAUUGUGACUAUGGGAUGUUAUUGUUGGAUUUUAGGCACAGACCAUUAGAAAACUGAUGGGGGUGGGUGGGGAAAAACAAGUGAGUAAAAUCGUGUGGUGUUUAUAGACCAAGUGAAAUAGCAAAGUAGGGUGCAUUAAGCCUGUUCUCCACUAGGCAAUUUUUUUGUGCGAUGCAAAGCAAAAAACAAAUCUUGGCAAUGUGAUUGGUCAGCGAAAAAAUUUGCCUCGAAAAAAGUUGGUGGAUCAGUUCCUACUUUUUUACUGAGUAAAAUGAGUAAAACAUAUCUUUCAAUUUUAAGACUACAGCAUGUUCUAAGAAUGAACAUUAUUUUCUCACUCUGUUAACUGCAGGUUCACCUGCAGUGAAACCCACCUAUUUUUGCAGAAAAGUGUGAGAGUCCAUCCCCCCAUGUAACUCCAGGAAUCGAUUAGUGUGUUCAACAAUAUAAACAAUAUGUACUCAAGACAGUGAAAAGAAACUUGAGAAUCGAAACUUUAAUUUUCUUUAUAUUUAUUAAUAAAUAUUUUUGUGCUAUAUUACUAAAUGUCAAAUAAAAGUUGGAUGAAACUACUGACAAGUUAUUGUCAUCAUCUAGUGGAAAGACCAUAAAAGACGGACCAGAGCCAGCCUCGUCCCCAGGCUCCAACUCAUCAGUGUACAAUGUAUAAUAAUAAUACGAGGAUUGAGACAAUAUAAAUAAAGUGAGAAUAAAUAAUUUAUAUUUUUGGAGUAAAAGUGUAUUUGAUUGUGUGUGUGUUCACAUGUGUACCAAUUUUUAUCAAACU